AUGACAGGUAAAAAAAAGAAUAGACAUCAAAAAAAGAGUUCACAAGAUCAUAAUAAUGAGCCAUUAACAGAAAUAGAUCAAACAACUGAUGAAACAACAACAACAACCACAACAACAACAACAACAACCGAGGAAGAAACAAAAAAUGAAAACACUAUUGUUGAAAAUAAAGAUGAAGAUAAAAAAGUAGAGGAAAGUGUUCAAGAAAAAGAAGAAGAAAAAGAAAAAGAAAAAGAAAAAGAAAAAGAAAAAGAAAAAGAAAAAGAAAAAGAAAAAGAAAAAGAAAAUAAUAUAGAAAAAGAAGAAGAAAAGAAAGAAGAAGAAAAAGAAGAAAAAAAUGUAGAAAAAGAAGAAGAAAAAGAAGAAAAACAAACAAAAACAGAUGAUAAUAUGUGGAAUAAUGAAGAUGAAAUUGAUGUACCAACAGUUGAAGGUGAAAUAGAAACAGAUAUUAAAGAUGAAAAAAAAGAAGAAAAGAAAAAAGUUGAAAAAGAAAUUGAAGAUCCAAAUAAAAAAUAUUUUAUAAAACAAAAGAAAAUAAUCAAAAGAAAAAAAGAGAAAAAAGUAAAACCACAACCUGUACAACCAACACCACCAGUACCAGCACCAGCACCACAACAAUCAAGUGGAUGGGGGAAUUGGUUUUCAUCAAUUGGUAAUGCAGUAUCAAAUACAAUCACUCAAAUUGCCCGUGUCGAUUUAGAUGAUUCAGAUGAAGAUUCAGAAGAGGAGAUUAUGGUUGAAGAGGAUAUUGAAGUUUCAAAGAAAGAAUAUGAAAGAUAUCAUAGAAAGAAAUUAGGUUUACCAUUAUCAGAUACUGAAGAUUCAGAUAACGAUAAUGACAAUGGUGGUGAUGAUAAUGAUAAUGCAAUUAUGAAUGCCAUUGAUAAUGGUGUUUUCAAAACAGCCGACAUGAUUGCAGAUUCAUUAUAUUUUGCAGGUAGUUUCUUAUCAAGUGGUUUUAAAACCGUUCAAGAUAAUGCAAACAUUGAGAAUGUUAAAGGCCUAACUCAAGAGGUUUCAAAUAUUUCACUAGAUACUAAAAAUAAAAUUUCAAAUUCUGAACUCUACGAAAAGAGUCAAAAAAUAGCAUCACAAAUGAUGGAUUCUUCAGUUGAUGCUCUUGAAUCUGUUGGUCAAAGAGCAUAUUCAAUGUUUUCAACUCAAAUGAAAAAUAAAUCAAAUAAUGAUGAAAAUAAUAAUAAUAAUAAUAAUAAUAAUCAACAACAACCACAACAACAACAAACUACCUCACCAACAUUAUCUACAUCACCAACAUCACCAAAAUCACCAACUACCACUACUACUAAUACUACCACUACCACAACUACCAAUACCAAUAAUAAUAAUAAUAAUACUUCAACAAAUUAUGAAUUUAAUAUUAAUGAAUCAAUUUUUGAAGCUGGUGAAUUUGAUUCAAGUAAAUGCGCAGAACAUUUCAAUAUCACUAAAUUUAUACAAGAUAUUGAAAAAUUAUCAGUUGAAUCUACAAUGAAAGCUCAUCAAAUUAAUCGUAAAGUUAUUUCAACAUCAUCAAUUAAAUCAUCAGUUGAUCUUGUUUUAAAUGAAAUUAAAGAAUUAUUUGAAAAUGAAGAAUUACCUGAAAAUUUAUCAAAUUCAAAUACUUUAUCAUUUAGUAAUAUUCAUAUUUUUGAAAUUGAAAAGAAAUAUAGAGAAUUUUUUGAUAAAUUACAAGAGUUUACACCACAAUUAAAGAAUCAAUCAAUUGAAUUAGGUUUAUGUCGUGGAUUAGAAAAGAUUUAUCAAUUGACUGCAAUUGGAUUAGAGUUAAUUUCAACAAUUGCAUCAAGUAUUCCAGAUGAGAAAGCACCAUCAGAUGUAACCAAUAAUAAUAAUAAUAAUAAUAAUACAGGUGAAUGGGCAAUUUCAAAAUCAAAUGAAAUUUUAUUUACAAUCACUAAAAUCACUCAAGAUAUUAAAUUGAUUUCAGCAAUGUUAACAGAGAUCAUUAAAUCAAAACAAACUCCAAACUCUAGAAAAUUAUUAAAUAAUCUUCAUGUUGAAACUACAAAUGCAAUUUCAUACAUUCAAGAUACAAAAGGUGGUUUCGUUAACAUUUGUCAAAUCAUGUAUUUAAAUGAAAUUAAAUUUUCAUUAAAAGGUCCAACUUCACCAAUUUCAACACCAAAUAGAAAGCAACAAAAAUCAUAA